AUGACGAGUGCUCUCCGUGAGGUUGUUAUUGGGACUGAUGAUAAUAAUGAUGAUAGCUACCACCAUACAGCAGAGAUAGACACAACAACAACAAAAACAAGAAAAAAAACAACCGGAUGGGAUGAACAUUUCUCGCAGCAACCAGAACUUGCAGAAGUAGAGAUAUGUAUCGCAUCACUACGGGCACUUGUGAAGAAUGAUGGUACUCCAAUAGAGCCCACUGACUUUGAACGCAUUAACACUAUUGUAGAUCGUCUUGAUCAAGUGUUUUACUGGGCUGUUGAGGAGGCUACAACAUUCAUUCACGAACCAAGUCUAUUAAAACAAUGUGAAACUCCACAACUUGUAGUUUUAUGUUUAAAUACAAAACGUCCAAAAAUUAUAAUAGCUGCAUUACGUAUUUUACAUCAACUCAUGCGUCAUGAAGAAUGUGGACGUUGUGUAUUUGAAAUUGCUACUACAAAUGAACUUUCAAAAGAUGCGAAGGAAACUCAAACCUCUACAGAAGCUAGGAGAGAUAAUGUAGGUAAAGUUUUCUAUGAUAUGAUCGCUUCUAUUAUGGAACAACAUGAAGGUGUUGUAGAUAUUCAGGCGGAAUGUGCAGCCAUUGCAGCGGAGGCAUCUCAUCUUGAUAUUGAAGGGUUUUUACAUAGUUCUGUUAUUAGUCAUGUACUCACAGCUUUACAACGACAUGGGGAUAACACCACCAUGCAGAGAGAAGGAGUACGACUCUUCGCCACACUUGUGGAUAUUCCACGAGAAUCAACAUGUGUAAAUGUAUUAAAUGAUUUUUCCCAUGCCCCAUUAGCAAUUCUUUUAUCUCAAAUUGGUGUUGUUGUACAGUUUGUAGUCAAUGCAUCUAAAGCCCAUACAAAUAAUUUAGAUGUCAGACGUCACGCUAUUCAUUUCUUUCGUCGUUGUGCAUCUUUUCCAGAAAAUAUACCUUUGUUAUUAGAACAUGGCGUCUACGCUUUCCUUGUGAAAACUCUUCUUUAUGCCAUACGUAUGCCGGAACUCUUUGUAGAGGUGAUAGAGGCGAUUGCUUACUUUAUACCAUUAUUAGAUGUUUGGCAGAAGCGAAGUCUUCUUCUUGUUAUCCGCCGUGUGUUGUUAACCACAACAUCUUCGAGUUUUAUUUCACUUUGUGCAGCACUUCUUGUGCGAGUAGUACAGACUGCCCCUAACGAUGAUGGCGUUUUAUGCGGCCAACUCCAAAGCCUGCAACUGCAAGAAGAAGAAGAAGAAGAAAAGGAAAAAGAGGAAGAAAAGGCGAGAUUGUCAUUAAAUAGAGUAGAACUUGUAAAGAGCGAUUUCAUUACAUUAAAGGACGAUGAUACACGUAGAUUUCUGGCAUCUUGUUUCAUUCCACAACUGCUUUGUAUUGCCGAUGAUAACUUUGGGGAAGAAGAUGCGGUACUACGGCGUUCGGUGAAGGAACUCGUUCGAUUACUCUCUCAACAUCAUUGGCGAUGA